CGCGCCUGUCGUGUUGACAAAUGGAGGGUGGGGUACGAAAACAUACAUUGGUAGCUUGUUUUUGUAUGACAUUGCAUUGACAUCGCUUAGAGGUAACAGAAAAUAUCCAAAAUGCCUCCUAAAAAGCCAGCUCCAGUGAAAGCGCCUGUGCGUCCUGCAGCAAAGCCUGCACCAGCGAAACCAGCAGGGAGAGGAGCACCUGCAAAGCGAGGUGCCCCGGCUGCAGGUGUAAAAAGAGGGGGAGCAGCUGCACCAGCUAAGGGUAAAGCAGCUGAGCCAGCGAAACCUAAAGCGAAAGUCUGGACUGCAAAGGAUGAUGCAGCCAGGAAAAUUCAGACAAAGAUCAGGCAGUUUUUGGCCAAGAAAAAACUUGCAAAAAAGAAGAAAGAAAAAGAGGACUAUGAAGAACUCAUGGAUAAAAUUGAAAAGGAGGCAUUUAUGAAAUUAGUUCAAAUGGAGCAAGAAGAAGCAGAACGUCAGCGUAAAAAGGAGGAAGAGGAGAGGAGAAGAAGGCAAGCUGAAACAAAGAGGAGGAAGAGAAUGCUGGAGGCAGCUUUCGAGGGGGAUAUUGAUGAAAUUAUGGCAGUAUUACAGGAGGUGAAGGACUUGGAUGACAAGAAUGAAGUAGGGAAAGAUUCCAUUGGCAUGGCUCUAAGAAAUAAACACGAGAUGGCUGUAGUAGAAUGUGAGGAUCCCAAUGAAAACACACCUCUGUCUGAGGCAGCGAAUGGUGGAAAUGUAGACACCAUACGACUCCUAUUGGAUAAGGGUGCUGACCCCAAUACAAAAGGUCAGUUUGGACGUACACCUCUUUACCGAGCAGCUUUUGCUGGACAUAUGGAAGCUUGUCAGUUGUUACUCCAGAAUGGUGCAGAUCCACGGAUAUAUGCAAGUGACAGCCAAACCCCUCAACAGAUAGCCUCCCAGAAGGCGGUACAAGAUCUGAUAAAGGACUGGGACGUUUCCCAGACAGACACCCUUCUGGCUAAACUGGAAGCUGCCAAAGAAAAACGCUUGGAAGAACAGAGGAAAAGGAAUGAGUUCGAACAAAGCAAAUUGGAGAGCAAAGUGGAAGCUGCUCAACAUGAAUAUGAUGUUUUACAGAAACAGUUAAAUAAAGCUUACUGUGAGCUUGAAAAGAGGAUUACUGAGCACGACGAGGCUAUGAACAGUGGAUUUGACCGUCCAGAUGUCACACUACAGGCAAUCCAUGAUGGGGAGGAUGAAGUCGAAUUAUUGAAACUUAAUACAGAGAAAGCUCGAGAAAAGUUAGCAAACACCAAGCUAGAACUCCGCGAACAGAAGCGAGCAGGACAGUCUGCUCUAGAGGAAGAUGAACUCCCUGGUGUAAAAGUAAUGACCCGAGAAUUAGAAGAUGUUUUACUCAGGGAUGUGGGCAAUAAGAUCAAAGACUCUGGCAAGUGGCCACUUAUCAUUGAUCCCAAUGCUCAGGUCGCGACCUUCUUACGAUAUCGCGACACCAACUAUCUUAACGCACUCAGUCCAGCUCAGAUGGAGCCUGAUAAGGCGAGAAUGGCAAUCAUUGGAUCAAUCAGGUAUGGUAAACCAUUGGUGCUGGACAUGAUGGAGGUGGAUAUGUUUGACACUGUUACAAUGAGAUUUGAUGAAAUUCUCGAAGGUCUCAUGGGCAAGAUCAUGGACAAAAGUGUAAUGGAGGAAGAAAUCUACUUGAAAUUGGUGAAAAAAUCAGAUGGAGAUGAAUACGCAAAGACAAAAUUCAAUGACUUAAGAACAAAAAAUUUCCGAUUCUUUAUCAUCACAAAGAAUCCUUACCCGCCUGAUGAGCUGAUGGAACAGACUUACAUCGUUCGUAUGUAUGUGCCUACCUAAACAGGACUAUUUUGACAUAAUGGCAAUGGAUUUUCUUAUAUUUAAAUGCGUUCUUAUAAUAAGCAAUCAAUGAAAACGACCAGGUUCAAGUACAGAGCGGUUCUGAAAUUAUGUUAUAUUUGUCAAAUUGAAAAUGUAUAGAGGGGCUUGAAUUUAAUAGAUAAAUGAUAUAGCCAUGUAGAACCAGUCCUUAUAGACGGGUGACUAAUCCUAUGUUAAAGGUGCAAUUUUUUAUGGUGAGGACAGUUUUAGAUUGAUGACGUUGAUUAUAUUUGAUUAAGAUAGCCUGUAGUUUUAAUCUGGGCUAAAUCAACAAAGUAAAUUGUCUUCCUAUCAUUAUCAAGCUUUUCCAAACUUAUAAUUAUGAUAUAGAGAUAAGUAGUAUAUCCAUGUAUGGCAUAUUACUGUAUUUCUCCUGUGAUAAGCGCAGGAAAAGUAGGGGCUCUUAUUGCAGGGCAAAGAAACAUAACUUUUGUUAGCAUUUCUACAGAACUGUGAUAGACAUGAGCUUGAUCUCUAGGCAUGCUGUUGAUUAUUUAUAUUUAUUGAUUUAAAUUAUUAAAUACAGUACAUGUUUAUAUUCCUGGGUCAAAAAAGUAAAUCAAACAUUUUUAAGUAUAAAUUUCACAAACUGAAAAUAACCUUCAGAAUUCUACGUAAGGAAUUAAGUUUGACAUUGAAUUUCAGCAAUCAGGGUAAAAUUUUCCAUUUUCACAUAUUCAAUAAAAAAUUAUUCUUUAUAUUUCUUGCUCAUUUUGUCUUGUCCUUAAUAUCACCAGUUUUCACUGAAGAAUUUAAAGUCUGAGUUAAAAUACAACGUAGUUGUCAUCAUGUAACAUGCACAAUAAUCUGUCCAUAUAUUAUACAAUGUUCAAUGUAAGGUAAACCUUUGGUCAGUUCUAAUGAAAUGAAAUAAAUACUAUUGAAUCUGUUCAAAUUUUACAAAAUCAUACUUCAGAAAUUAAAGUUCUUGUAUGUCAAAAUACAUAAUGUUAGAAAUAUGCUGUCCAUAUACUGGGACUUAAUUAUCAAAACAAAGAUUUAGGGUGAAAAUGGUGUUUGGUCCUCAAAAUGUCAAUAUUGGACCUGCAAUUUUUUAAAUCUGGUUUAUGUAUAAAAAA